CACGCUCGCAUAUAGCUGCAACGAGCCGCCGGGAAGCAUGUCAGGCUUUAUAACCACAAUUAAUCCCCGUCCACGAGCUCCUUUCAAGCCACAGAAGUCCAGUCGAGGAACCAGCAGUUGGCAGCUGAAACAAUAUGCAGAGGCAACACUUGGAAGUGGCAGCUUAAGAAAGGCAGUCAAACUGCCAGAGGGUGAAGAUAAGGACGAAUGGUUGGCUGUUAAUGUGGUCGACUUCUACAACCAGAUCAACCUCCUUUAUGGCUCCAUCACCGAGUUUUGCUCCCCACAAAGCUGUCCGGAAAUGAAGGCAACUGAUGAAUUCGAGUACCUCUGGCAAGACAGCGAAAACUACAAGAAGCCCACGAAAAUGCCAGCGCCAGAAUACAUAGAGCAUCUCAUGGCCUGGAUACAGUCCAACGUAGACAACGAGCAGAUGUUCCCGAGCCGCAUCGGUGUACCAUUCCCCAAGACAUUCGCCGCUCUCAUACGCAACAUGUUCAAGCGCCUCUACCGUGUCUAUGCACACAUAUACUGCCACCAUUACCCUGUCAUCAUCGAGCUCGGUCUCGAGCCGCACCUCAACACGAGUUUCAAGCACUAUGUGCUAUUCAUCGAUGAGCAUGGCUUGGCUAAUGGGAGCAAAGAUUUCUGGGGUCCUCUGGGCGAUCUAGUGGACAGCAUGCUGCGGAGCGAUUGA